AUGGCUCACGAAGGCAAAAAUACGAUAGUCGUGAGCGGCGAAAAUGCACAUGAGCAACAAGAAAAUGCAUCAGAAUGUUCUGUUCCAUUAGAAAUACCCGACCAAGAGCCCGGUGACGGAGGCUCGCACCCCAAUGUUGAUCAACCACCAGACGCGUCUGCAUCAUCACUAGAUCAGCAGGAGACAAGCACAACAUCUGCACCAAAGAGCAUCAAAAAGGCCAAAAGUAAAAAGAGAGUUGUCGUGAAGAAGGCGGCGAGAAAAUCAAAAUGGAAUCAAGACAAUAUCUUGACGGACCCCAAAUCACCUCUAGCUUCGGCGGAUCUCAGAAGCAUACUGUCAAAUCCGAUGGCAUGGGAUAUUCUAGAAAAGGAAGAGAGGGCAGAAAUUCUGGCACUGUUCCCAGAUUCUCAGCAUAUCCUUGGUGCAGGCACAGAAGACGCCUGUCCUGAUUUCGCAUCGCUCAUGAAUGAUGACAGCUUUCGCUACGACUGUGCUGCCUACACAGAAAACAUCGCGCAAGGGCGGCACGACCCCGAAUGGCUGGCUCAGGCUUGGGCAGCCCACGAGAGACGAAAAAUGGGCGACUUUGACGAGCACCUAGACAGCAAAUUUAAGGAUGACUGGGAUGCUGACCUCCCGCCAGAGCUCAGGACAAGACGAGGCCCUGCUGUGCCAAAGGAAGAUAAUGACACCAAAAUGGAAGACUCCGAGCGAACAACCAACGGAGACCAUGAUCAAGUGGAAGUGAGUAUGGCGAAUGGCGCAGGCACUUCAAAUGAGCAGGACCCAGAGCACGAGAAGGAUACUGGAGUGAACGAACCACCAAGAGAUGAUGCUGCGCAAGAGAGAUCAAGGGUGAUGGCUACUAGGAACCAAGAUCCUGAGAUGGAGAUUGAUGGCGAAACGAAUGACACGGUCACAGGGUGA